AUCAGUCAGCCGAUUAACGGUUCGAAGUGAUCUUGUAUAUCGUUGAUUCACAACACAGACCACGCUCAUAAUGAAAUCGAUGGUGGUGUUGUUCGCUCUGGUGGCGGCUGCCUGCGGUUCCCUGGUGCCGCUGGCUCAACCUGCCCACCACCCCGCUAUAGUGUUGGACCCCCACGGUCGCCCGCUUGACACUGCUGAGGUGAUCGGCGCCCGUGCCGUCCAUCUUCAAGCUAAGGCCUUGGAAGGACACUACGCUCCCCUCGCACACUCCGUGGUCGCCGCCCCCGCUGUGGUUGCUCACGCUGCCCCAGUUGUGGCUCAUUCCGCCUACGCCGCACCUCUCCUCGGUCAUGGUAUCCAUGGAUUCGGACACGGACUCGCACUCGGACACGGACAUGGAUUUGGACACUUGCUGAAGAAACGUUCCUUGGCUCACCUCGCCUACAGUGCCCCCGUGAUCGCUCAUGCCACCCCCGUUAUCGCCGUGGCUCCAUCUGCCGUCUCUCAUCAGUCUCGCGUGGAUGUCCAUACUAGCCCCGCUGUGGUCUCCCACUCUGUGGUCGCCCCCGUGGUCGCUCACGCUGCUCCCGUUGUUGCUCACGCCACACCUGUGUUGGGACACUCCGCUUACGCCACACCCCUCCUCGGUCACGGUAUCCAUGGAUUUGGACACGGACUCGGACAUCUGUUGAAGAAACGUUCUUUGGGUCACCUCGCCUACAGCGCUCCUUUGGUCGCUCACGCCGCCCCUGUUCUUGCUGUGGCUCCUUCAGCUGUGUCUCACCAGUCCCGCGUAGAUGUUCACUCUAGCCCCGCUGUUGUCUCUCACUCUGUCGUCGCCCCUGUGGUCGCUCAUGCUGCUCCCGUGGUCGCUCAUGCUGCCCCGAUAGUCGCUGUAGCUCCAUCUGCUGUGUCCCAUCAAUCUCGUGUGGAUGUACGUGCCAGCCCUGCUGUGGUGUCACAUUCCAUUGUAGCCGCACCUCUUGCGCAUUCCUACCAUCAUUCCGUCCCUUUGACCCAUCAUGCCUGGUAAUAAGUAUUGUUAAAGAAAAUUAGAUUAUUGUAUUUUAAAAAUGAAAAAUAAGCUCGUGGACAUCUGGGAAAGAGGCGUUCGCUGACUCCCAUCAACUUGAUUGCAGCGAGGAGGCUGUUUGCUCCAGCGUUAGUUAACUAAAAGUAAUUAUGAUUACUUUACUUUAAGAGCUACAGGUAUAGCUCUUAGCACUACCCUGCAGUCACCAUAAAAGCGAAAAUUAGAAUCAACGAAACUUUGUAGUUUUCGUUUUGAUAUACUUUAUUGAAAUGAAUAGACAAUUAUACAAUUUAAUAUAUC